UCCCUCGGGCGCUGAGUCCGCGCAGCCGCGUCCGCUCCCAGAAGCCGCCAUUUUGUGUUAGGCCCACUCCUGUAAAGCGGGAGAAAAAUAUUAGUCCGCCGCAUAGCACCCAGGUGCCGACCACAGCGGGACUGAAGAUACCGACCGCGGGAGCCAAGACACCAAACGAAUACCAGGAGUGAAAGGAGCCGACGGGAGAGUAUCCGUUAGCCCGUUGCCAUGGAGGGCGAGGUUGUUUCCAUGGAGGCUGCUCAGGCUGCUGCUCUGGCUGCAGAUGGAAAGGUCCUGCCAGAAGGUGGAGAGGACUUGAUACAAGACGCAUCUCUAGCUCCACAGGGGGAAGUGGCUGGUAACAUGGAGAUGAUGGUGAUGGACGCUCUCGAUCCCACUCUGCUCCAAAUGAAGACUGAGGUGUUGGAGGGAGGCAGCACAGUCACUGUAACUGGUGGAGACGAGGGUCAGAUCAUCACGCUUCAGGUGGUGAACAUGGAGGAGCAGGCGGGUGCAGCAUUAGGCCUUGGUCAGCUUCAACUGGUUCAAGUACCGGUUACAACAUCUGUAGAGGGGCUCCAAGCCACGUAUGUUGAUGCAUCAUCUGCUAACAAGGAUGCAGAGCCAGUAAUCUGUCACACUCUUCCCCUGCCUGAGGGCUUCCAGGUGGUUAAAGUAGGUGCCAAUGGUGAAGUGGAGACUGUAGAGCAUGAGGAGCUUCAGGCAGCCCACGGGGAGCUUCAGGGGACCACAGAAGAAAAUGUGGAUGAGGGAGAAGCAGAAGAAAUGGAGGCACCUGUGACCCAGGAAGAUCCAGAAUGGACAAAGGACCCAGUCUAUCAGCCCAUUUCCGCUAUCCGGAAAGGAAAGAAAGGAAAAAAGAGCCGCCUACGCUAUGCAGAGGGUGAUCGUGAUAUGGAUGUUUCUGUGUAUGACUUUGAGGAGGAUCAGCAGGAAGGGAUGCUGUCAGAAGUGAAUGCUGAGAAGGUUGUGGGCAACAUGAAGCCACCAAAGCCCACCAAGAUCAAGAAGAAAGGUGUGAAGAAGACUUUCCAGUGUGAACUGUGUAGCUACACCUGUCCAAGACGCUCCAACCUGGACAGACACAUGAAGAGCCACACAGAUGAGAGACCACAUAAAUGUCACUUGUGUGGAAGAGCCUUCAGAACAGUCACACUGCUGAGGAACCACCUCAAUACGCACACAGGCACACGGCCACAUAAAUGCACAGACUGUGACAUGGCGUUUGUGACCAGCGGUGAGUUGGUGCGUCAUCGUCGCUACAAACACACACAUGAGAAACCCUUCAAGUGCUCCAUGUGUGACUAUUGCAGUGUGGAGGUGAGCAAGUUGAAAAGACACAUCCGUUCUCACACAGGGGAGCGACCCUUCCAGUGCAGCCUGUGCAGCUACGCUAGUAGAGAUACUUACAAGCUGAAGAGACACAUGAGGACACAUUCGGGUGAGAAGCCAUACGAAUGCUACAUCUGCCAUGCCCGUUUCACACAGAGCGGCACCAUGAAGAUGCACAUUCUGCAGAAGCACACAGAGAAUGUGGCAAAGUUCCACUGCCCACACUGUGAUACUGUCAUCGCACGCAAGAGUGACCUUGGUGUUCAUUUGCGCAAGCAGCACUCUUUUAUCGAGACGGGAAAGAAAUGUCGUUACUGUGACGCUGUAUUUCACGAGCGCUACGCUCUCAUCCAACACCAGAAAUCCCACAAGAAUGAGAAACGUUUCAAGUGUGACAAGUGUGACUACUGCUGCAGACAGGAACGCCACAUGAUAAUGCACAAGCGCACGCACACGGGGGAGAAGCCGUUUGCUUGCAGCCAGUGUGAGAAAACAUUCCGUCAGAAACAGCUCCUGGACAUGCACUUCAAGCGCUACCACGAUCCCAACUUCAUCCCCACUGCCUUUGUCUGCGAAAAGUGUAACAAGACAUUUACACGCAGGAACACGAUGCUGCGUCAUGCUGACAGCUGCACAGGUGAAAGUGCUGGAGAAGAAAAUGGAACCCCUACCACCAAAAAGGGCCGUCGUGGCAGGAAGAGGAAGAUGCAGGCCAGGGCUGAUGAUGAUGAUGAUGAAGAUGAUGACACAGAGGGUGACUUGGAUGAAGCAGAGGAAGAAGACGAGCUGCUAGCUGAAAUCGAGAUGGAACAGGCUCCACCAGUUGUCCCCAUCCCAGCACCUGUGGAGCCACCGGUCAAGAGGAAACGCGGGCGGCCCCCAAAGAACAAGCUAGACACAGCGGCUGCCAUCAUCCGUGUUGAGGACGAGGUCACUGGAGAGGUUGAUGACAUCAUAGUGAAGAAGGAGAUCGGAGUGGAACACGAGGACCAGGAGGACGGCACCGAUGAUGGUGUAGAGCAGGUGGUGGUCGGUGAAGGGAAGUCAACUAUUGAGAUGGAGGAGCUGUCCCAUGAAGAGGGGGCAGCACAGGGGGCGCAGCUGUCCGGGGCCCCACCCAAUGGAGAUCUGACCCCUGAGAUGAUCCUCAGCAUGAUGGACCGGUGAUGGAUGUGAACCUGUAAACAACCCAUGACCACAUCUUUUUAAUUCUUGGCAUUUAGGAUCACAAACACUUGUAUCCUGCACAGAAAACAAACAUCACUGUUGUAAUUUAAGAUAUUGAUUUUUAACCAUGUAUCGACAAAGACUUGGAUAAAAUGAAAAGGAUUUUUAAUAAGGAUUUAACAACCAAAAAGGCUUUUCAGUACAUUUGAGUUUGAAGUGGCUGUAAUUGAAAGCAGUGUCUUUUUCACUGUCGCCCUUUGCGUCUCUUGGCUCUGAUUAUGUGGCAGAGAACGGCUCCUGUUCUGUCUAAAUUGCUGCAGAAUGAUCCAAUUAUAUUUUUACACAGUAAAAUAACAAAAUCUAAACCGUUCAUGUAGUUUUACCCCAAAAAAAUCCAUCCCUCUGUUUUUUUUUUUAUACAGCUAUUGCUAAGUAAUUUGCCUGUGUAAAUGGGUUAAGAAGUAGGGGACCUUGCUUUGGUGUCCAUAUUAAGUUAAAGUCAGUGAUGUUAGAGAUUUCUUGAAAAGGAGCAACAACCUUCAGGAAAAUGUUACUGCCAUUAAUCACAGUCACUUCAAGAUGAGAGAUAUUUUGAAUAUUUUUUAUUAUUUCUUUUCUGUGGUUACUAGGUCCCUUUUUUAAGAAUUUAUGUUUUUAAAAGCUUGAUAGAGUGCUCAUCUAAAGCUCCUUUUUUUUUUUUCUCCUGUAACACCCGUAGAUCAUGUAUAUGUACUAAAUAUGUCUAAGUGCGAGGAAAGACCGUUGCUUUUGUUCCAAUAUGUAGUCAUUCCACUUUGGGUUAAUGUUUUCCUUUUGUACCAUUGGCAAUGCUAUGUAGCGGCUUGAAUGACAUUUUAUUAACUGUGUGGCAGAAGAAAACAGAUGUAUGACUGUACAACCAAUAAAAAAAAAUUAGACAUGGAGACUGACGUUUAGGUUUCUGGAGCUGUAAUAUUUUCAAUACUGGAUAUUUAAAAUCAGUCAGGGUUAACUGGGCAGUUAAUGUAGGUUAGUGGUGUAGGUACAGCAAAUACAAGGCUUGAAUUAUUGCAACUGAGUGCUGACAGAAAUCCAUGUAUUUUGCUUGCAAUUAUAUUUUAUUAAAUUGAGGACUUGAUAUUAA